AUGGCGGUGGCGAUAAUCGGAGGUGGGUUCAGAGGGCUGGUUUUGGCCUAUGUUCUGGCCGAAGCCGGUGUAGAUGUGGUGGUUUACAAGAAAGAGGAACAAUUAGGUGGCCAUGCCAAGACUCUCAACUUCGAUGCCGUUGAUUUAGACCUUGGCUUCUUGUUUCUCAAUCCAAAAACAAAGUAUAAACCUGUGGAUAACUUGAUAGGCAAGUUUGCACCAUUGUGGGAGAUGUUUGAUAGCCUUGGAGUUGAUGUACAGACAUCUGAUGUUUCAUUCUCCAUAAGCCAUGACAAAGGCAAUGGCUAUGAAUGCCGCACCCAUUAUGCUAUCUUGAAUCGCUUGAGAAGAACCCAGACAUUGAUCCUAUUUGCGCAGCCGCAAUGGUUGACUAUCAUAAGGCACUCAUAUUUUGUUAGAAGGGUCAGAGAUGUGCUGAAGAGUAGGGGUUGCCUAUUUAAACUUGGCUGUCAAGUUCUGUCUGUUUUGCCUGCUGAUAAUGGUACCACUUUGGUCUGUGGAGAUGGUUUCCAAGAAACAUACAAUGGAUGCAUAAUGGCUGUUGCUGCUCCCAAAGCCCUAAGAAUGUUGGGAAACACAACAUUUGAAGAAAUGAGAGUAUUAGAUGCAUUCCAAUAUGCUUCUAGCUUAAAUGAUAUAUUACUUCACAAUGACAGUAGUUUAAUGCCUAAGAACAAAUCAGCUUGGAGUGCAGUGAAUUUUCUAAAUAGUAGAGAAAACAAAGCAUGCUUACCAGACUGGCUGGAUUCGCUACAGAAUGUUGGGAAAUCACAUCAGCCAUUUUUUGUGACUAUAAAUCCGGACCAUACCCCAAAAAAUACCUUGCUUAAGUGGUCGAUUAGCAGUGCCAUUCCCUCUGUUGCUGCAUCAAAAGGUUCAAUUGAGCUUGGUCAGAUUCAGGGGAAGAAAGGAAUCUGUAAGGCUGGUAUUGAUGCUGCAUAUGAUAUCUUGGGAAAGCAUUCUUCUGUUAUGUACAGUCCAAAGCAUAUGUCACCUUCUUUCAUGGAAACAAUGGCACGCCUCUUUGUAGCUAAAUUGUUUCAACGUUUCUUAGAGGAAGGAAUUAGAAUUUUCACUUUCAAAGGAAACAUGGAAAAAUGUCCUCUUAAAACAGUUCUGAAAGUGCACAAUCCUCGGUUUUACUGGAGGAUUAUGAAAGAAGCUGAUCUAGGCCUAGCAGAUGCAUACAUCAAUGGGGAUUUUUCUUUUCUUGAUAAAGACAAAGGUCUUCUUAAUCUUUUCCUGUUAAGAAAAAGUUUAUUGGGAUCUGCUCCUACAAACACAAUGCAAUUUAGGACUUGGUUGUCGCCUGUACUGUUCACAGCGAGUGUAUCAUCCGCAAAGUAUUUCCUAAAGCAUGUGUUGAGGGGAAAUAGUGUUACACAGGCUCGCAGGAACAUUUCUCGUCAUUAUGAUCAGGGUGAUGAACUUUUCACUCUAUACUUAGGUGAAACUAUGCAAUACUCUUCUGGAAUUUUUAAGACCAGAGAAGAGCAUUUGGAAUUUGCACAGAGACGAAAAACAAGUUCUCUAAUUGAAAAAGUAAGAACUCAUAAUGGUGUAAUCCUCAUUCUUCAUUUCCUUUGGCCAUUAUCAUUUAUCCGAUUGUGUCAUUUCCUAAUGCAUACAGACAAGAAUAGAGAAGUGGCACGUAGUCCUCGACAUCACUCUAUCAGAGCUGCAACUGAAAUAUGCAGAAGAAUAAGUGAAAGAAGCUGGACUUCAGUUAACAGGUUUUUAUCAUCAGGAAACAUCAAAUUACUCCUUUGUGACUAUCGCCGGUUACCUAAGACAAACCAAUAUGACAGGAUCAUAUCUGUAGAGAUGGUAGAACAUGUUGAUGAAGCAUAUAUUGAUGAGUUUUACCGAUGCUGUGAACAAUUAUUGAAAGAAGAUGGGCUUUUCGUUCUUCAGUUCAUAACAACUCCAGAGGAGCUUGCCACAGAAGCCCAGCAAACAGCAGGCUUUAUAAAGGAAUAUAUCUUCCCUGGUGGGCUACUGCUUUCUUUGAAUAAGCAUUUAAGAGCAAUGGCUACUGAAUCAAGAUUAAGGGUCUCCCACCAAGCUUCUGCUCCCAUUUGA